GGGGAAAGAUUGAAGCUUUAUAGUUUAUUCUCUUUAGAAAUGGCCACUAGUACUAUACUUAAAGUGUCUAUAUAUUUAAUAUGGUUGAAGAUGAUAAAUUAAUAUGGUAUGAUGAUGUUUGUGGUAAUUAUUGUUGAAGCGGUGGUUAUGAAACGGUUACGGUGGUUAUGAAAAACAAUUAUAACAAUUUCAAGAAAAAUUGCGGUUUUGAUUGGAGCUAGGCUUGGCUUAGGCUCUAAAUACCAUGUUAAAUAUGUUUCCCUCACAUAUUUAUACACUUCACAUCUCGGUAACCUAAGCAAUGUAACUUCACAUUCAACAAUUAUAGUAUUAAUUAAAAGCGAUUAUAAUUUGAUGUUGAAACAUACAAAGAGGGCUGAAGCCUUGCAUGAAGAAGGUGAUUGGAAGAGAUUUUGGAAGGCACAUGCUCCACCAAAAACAAAACACUUGUUACGGAGAAUUUGUAAGGGAUGCUUGUCAACUCGAAUUCGGCUAAAUGAAAAGUUUGUGCUUUGUCCUUUAAUAAACUUUAGUCCCUUUUGUAACUUUUAAAAUAGACUUUUGGUCCCCAAACUUUAGCCCCUUUUGGAAAAAAUGACUUAUUAAUUUUGACAAAGUCAUCGCACAUAUGACAAGUAAGUUGGAUGUCAUGUCAUCAUAUAUCUUGCCACAUGGACAAAUAGUCACAUGCCACAUAAGCAUUGACUUGUCACAAAAAGUCUUGCAUGUAAUUUCGUCGUAAUCUUUUGGUGCCACAUAUUUGUAUUUUCAAUUUUCCAUUAGAACUCACUCUCUCACUCACAAAAUGGUGGGUCGAAGAUUCCAAGUGCUUCACAACGAUUCCAAUUUUGAUCUUGAAUACGAUACCGAUGAUGGCUUCGAAGUUUUUCAAUUCCAGCUUUACUCUCUCACUUCUGUUCCACCCGAUCAACAAAAGAUUUAUGGAGCUGAACCUGAUACCCAAAUUUCAACUGAUUCUGAUCUUGCAACUAUUUCUGAUAAACUUCGACUUGUCUCUAUCGAUGAUGAACCUCCAAAACCCGAAUUAGACUCUGCGCAGUUUUUGCAAUCUGAUGAGGAAUUGGCUAGGCUCUUGCAGGCAGAAGAGGAAGCACUCAUGUUGCAGCAGUAUGUAGCUAGCGAAAAUACUCAAGAAUUCGAGAGUAGAGUACGACCUUAUGUUUCUCAAGUACUCAUGUAUGAAGAUGAAAUACGCCAGGAGGCUGCUCGGAAGUCUGUUCCCGUGGAAGAGCUUGAGGAGAAAGCAUUGGUUUCUUUGGCCAAAGAGGGGAACUUCAAUCCAUCAAAAAUAGAACGCGAUCAUGCUUUCCUGCUACAGCUACUUUUCUGGUUCAAACAAUCCUUCAGAUGGGUGAAUGCACCAUCUUGUCGUGAUUGUGGAAAUGAAACUGUAGACCAGGGUAUGACUGCUCCACUUCCUUCUGAGACGCUUUACGGAGCUUCCAGGGUUGAACAAUAUCGCUGCACCGUUUGCUCCAGACUGACUCGCUUCCCUCGCUAUAAUGAUCCUAAAAAGCUUGUGGAAACAAGAGAGGGCCGCUGUGGAGAAUGGGCCAACUGCUUUACGCUCUAUUGUCGAGCUUUUGGUUAUGAAUCACGUCUGAUCUUGGACUUCACAGACCAUGUUUGGACAGAGUGCUACUCUCAAUUCCUGGGAAGGUGGAUGCAUCUUGACCCAUGUGAAGCAAUCUAUGACAGGCCGUUAUUAUAUGAAAAAGGGUGGAAUAAGAAAUUAAAUUAUGUUAUUGCCUUAGCGAAAGAUGGAGUUUAUGAUGUCACCAAACGAUACACAAGGAAGUGGCACGAGGUCCUAUCUCGACGUACUAUGGUUACAGAGCCUUCUUUAUCCUCUAUACUCACUAAUAUUACAAACGAAACUCGAAGAGGCUUUGCACCACAACUACUUUCAAUUAUUGAAGCACGUGAUAUAGAAGAAAACCAACAAAUUGAGAGGAGUUUGCAUUCUGAAGAUGAUGAGUCUCUCUCAUUACCUGGAAGAAGAAGUGGGAAUGAGCAAUGGCGCAAAUCCAGAGCUGAAAUUGGUUCUGAUAACCUAAGUUCUUCUGCUUGCCCUGUUCGUUUGUGCGUAGAUGAGCAUGUGACUAAGAUUUAUAAUGCAUUUUGUCCUGUACUUCAUCAAUUUAUUGCGGAAGAAGUAACAAAGGCUGAAGCUGUCGAAGUACUUGGGAUUACGAAAAGAAUUCUCUUGGAUCUUUCCAGUUCCCCUUUUAAAUCAAGAAGGGCCUCCAUUGAUUCAGUUCUAAGCAACCUGAAAUUUCAGAAACUUUUGCCGUCUUUUGAUGAUUUACUUGAUGCUCUUUCACUGGAGAAAAAAGUGAAUACAGAUGGGAGGGUUGAAAUUUGUUCAGUUGGUAACCCUGUAGUAACUUCUUUAGCAUUGCCCGUUGUGCUAGAUGCUAUUGAUGACAUGGUUCACAAUCUUAACAAGUGUGAAAACUAUGGGAAAAAUAUGUUUACGUUGCCACUACUGAAGUUAAAUAGAUUACAUUCCGGUUCAGUCGUUGCAAGUGCAGAGGAGUUGCCUUUAGGGAUUGCAACAUCAGCAUUUGAUGGGACUCAAAUAUCAAAAUGGGAAGAACCAAAUGGAGCAAAAGGUUGUUGGAUCGUCUAUAGAACGUUUGAUGACAAGAAGUAUGAGCUUGUGGCAUAUGAAUUGAUGUCAGCCAAUGAUGCCCCAGAAAGGGAUCCGAUGGGCUGGAUUCUUGAAGGGAGCAAUGAUGAGGGGAAUAGCUGGCAAGUUUUGGACAAGCAAACCUCUCAGUUCUUUAAAGACCGUUUCCAACGUAGAACAUACAUGAUCAACUCAGCACAUUCUCCAUCUAAUAUUUUCAGAUUCAGGUUUCUUGCAGUCAAAGAUAUUCAGUCUACUUCCCGACUGCAAAUUGGGAGCAUUGAUCUCUAUGCCAGAACAAUAUGAAAUUUAGAACCUUAAAAGGAAGCAUUACCUGGAAUGAAAAUCAUAGAACUAGAAUGUCCUUGCUGGGGGGUGCAGUUAAACGCAUGCAUCAUAUUAUUGACAAUAGAAUGAAAACAGCUUUAUGGGACCA